GGGGGCGCCGCCGGAGGCGGCCUCCCGGGGCCGCAGUGCCCGCGUCCGCCGGCGAUUUCCGGGGGCUGCCCGGCCGCUCUCCCGACGGCGCCGCGUCCGCAGCAGGACUGAGAGCUGGGCCUUGGUCCAUGGGCCUCGGGUCAUGCGGCGAGGUGGGAGUACUUCUCCUCGUGUCCCAUUGGGAGGGAUUCUGAGGUCAGGAGCUUCUCAGACUCUCGGGCUUACUAUGGUGCUGGAUGCCAGGGACACACAGUUUUGAAGAGAAAAGCUUCCAGCCUCCCUCGCCCACAUGGCCCACGUGUUCGUGUACGGGACCCUGAAGACAGGCCAGCCCAACCACAAGGUCCUGCGGGACGGCGCCAACGGCCGCGCGGCCUUCCGAGGUCAGGGCCGCACGCUGGAGCCGCACCCCCUGGUGAUUGCUGGGGAGCACAACAUCCCGUGGCUGCUGAACCUGCCGGGGCGUGGGCUCCGUGUGCUCGGGGAGAUCUAUGCCGUGGACGAGCGGAUGCUGCGCUUUCUCGAUGAGUUUGAGGGCUGCCCAGACAUGUACCAGCGCACCCGCGUGCGGAUUGCGGUCCUCGAGUGGGAAGGCGCACGCAGUGCCCCCGAGGGGACGCCGGUCCUCGAGUGGGAAGGCGCACGCAGUGCCCCCGAGGGGACGCCGGUCCUCGAGUGGGAAGGCGCACGCAGUGCCUCCGAGGGGACGCCGGUCCUCGAGUGGGAAGGCGCACACAGUGCCCCCAAGGGGACGCCGGCUGCGGACGGGACCCUGCAGUGCUUCGUGUACAGCACGGCCACCUACUCGCCGGAGUGGGUCCACCUGCCAUACCAUGACAGCUAUGACUCUCAGGGGGAGCACGGGCUUCGCUAUAAUCCCCGGGAAAGCAGAUGAGAAGCGCCAGAGACCAGACAGCCCCAGGGGACCCUAACAUGACCUCAGUCUGGUCCGCACUCGCUGAAUGCCAGUGAAACAAAUACUUGCAAGACUCAAUGUGUGGGGGAAAAAAACUCUUUUUCAGUGGCAGCAGAUUUCCCAAUUCUGACAUACCACUAGCAAGACUAUGCCCUGGGAUCUGUCCACCAGCACUGCUUUAUUGCUUGCUGCUUAAAGAGCACCGUGGGCCUGAGACUUGAACAAGAAAAACCCGGGAUUUUAAUUCCCCUAAAUGACAUGACAUUUCCAGAACUCGUGUAUUAUAUUUCUCUUCCUGUAUUUUUUUUUGCUUUGCUUUUUUUACUUUAAUCUGAAGAUAACAUUUAAAAUGAAUUGAAAAGCUUGGAAUUGCAGCUAGAUUUUAGCAGCCCUACAGUAUUGAGUCUGACCUGGACCACCAAGAAAACAAAUUUUUUUAAAGCUGAUUUUGGGUGUCUCCAUGUAAUAAAAGAACAACAUACUAUAUUUUGGAGUAUAUUUAACAUCAUUCUUCACAAUAUUCAGAUCAAGCUUAUUAAAGCCAACCAUUUAAUAUUAAACUGGUUGUUUUGGGAAAUCAAUAUAAUAAAUAUAAAACUUGGUACUACAGACAGCAGUUAGGUCUGCAAAUAUAAUAAAUAUAAUAAAUAUAAAACAUAAAAAAUAAAAAAUA